GCGCGGAGGAGCAACCUGGGCGGUGGACUCGGCCGGGCGCGGAGUGCGGACCAGUUCAGCCCGGCGGGACCCGCGGCCGCUCUGUCACGCCCAGCUGGCGCCUCGGCCUCGCGAAGAGGAGCCGGGCCGCGCGCCCCGCCGCCGAGAUGCCUUUCCUGCACGGCUUCCGCAGGAUCAUCUUCGAGUACCAGCCGCUGGUGGACGCCAUCCUGGGCGCCUUGGGCAUCCAGGACCCCGAGCGGCAGGAGCCCCUGGACGGGCCCAGUUAUGCCGCCAGCGAGGAGAGCCGAAUCCUGGUUCUCACCGAGCUGCUGGAGAAGAAGGCCCGCUCUCCGUUCUACCAGGAAGGCGUGAGCAAUGCCCUGCUGAAGAUGGCAGAGCUGGGGCUGACUCGGGCAGCUGAUGUUCUCCUGAGGAAUGGCGCAAACCUCAACUUCGAAGACCCUGUCACCUACUACACGGCCCUGCACAUUGCUGUCCUGCGGAACCAGCCUGAUGUGGUGGAGCUGCUGGUGCGCCACGGCGCUGACAUCAACCGCAGGGACCGGAUCCACGAGAGCAGCCCCUUGGAUCUGGCCAGUGAGGAGCCCGAGCGCCUGCCCUGCCUGCAGCGCCUCCUGGACCUAGGAGCAGAUGUCAAUGCAGCUGACAGACACGGGAAGACUGCUCUGCUGCAUGCUUUAGCCAGCAGCGACGGGGUGCAGGUCCACAACACGGACAACAUCCGGCUCCUGCUGGAAGGAGGGGCAGAUGUCAAGGCCACCACCAAAGAUGGGGACACCGUGUUCACCUAUAUCAUCUUCCUGCUUGGUGAGACCGUGGGCGGGGACAAAGAGGAGGCCCAGAUGAUCAACCAGUUCUGCUUCCAAGUCACACAGCUGCUGCUGGCCCACGGGGCUGACCCCAGCGAGUGCCCGGCCCACGAGUCCCUCAUGCACAUCUGCCUCAAGAGCUUCAAGCUGCACUUCCCGCUCCUGCGCUUCCUGCUGGAGUCUGGGGCCGCUUAUAACUGCUCCCUGCACGGUGCGUCCUGCUGGUCUGGCUUCCACAUCAUCUUCGAGAGGCUCUGUUCCCACCCGGGCUGUGCGGAAGAUGAAAGUCACGUGGACCUUCUGCGCAAAGCUGAGACUGUCCUGGACCUCAUGGUGACCAACUCGCAGAGGCUCCAGCUGCCCCAGAACUUUGAUAUCCACCCAGUGGGCAGCCUGGCAGAAAAGAUCCAGGCCCUGCACUUCUCUUUGAGGCAGCUGGAGAGCUACCCACCACCCCUCAAGCAUCUGUGUCGUGUGUACAUCCGGCUCUACCUCCAGCCGUGGCCUGUGGAUGUGAAGGUCAAAGCUCUGCCUCUGCCCGACAGGCUGAAGUGGUACCUCCUCAGCGAGCACAGUGGCACAGAGGAGGAUGACAGCUGAUAGGUGCUAGACUAGGGGACAGGGUUCGGACAACUUAAACCCACCUGCUUGUAGACCUGGCACCUGUGAUGACCUCAGGGGAGGGUCCUUUGAUCUGGAAUGUAAGGCUUGACCGUACUGAGCACGAGGCACACAGCUGUGACCAGGCCAGUGGUAGAGACACUGCUGCACUUCUUUCUGGCAGCACCCUCCCCCACCGCCACCCCAGUUUCAGACCACUCCACACAGAUCAGUCGUGUAGAUGGGUUGAGUUCCUGCCCCUUGCACCAGAGAGGAGCCAGGGUAUCUGCAAAAGCCGGGCAGCACUAAGCCUAGGCAGCCCCUGCUUUGUCCUGGGUAGAGGCAUAACUAGAACCUUCUAGAGGGAAGCCGUGGCUGCUGCCCAGCUGAGACCCCAUCCGUGCCUCUUCAUCCAGAUCUGUCUCCACAAGUGCUUUUGGCAAGCUGGGGGAGAAGGCACCGAAGGCCACCACAGGCUGGCCUUCCUGGUGAUGAGGCCUGCCCUGCUGACUCUUGUGGCUGACCCUUGACAGCUUUCCCACCUAGGGUCUGGGUCACCUGUUGCCCUGCCCACCAGGGUACCAGGGCUGUGCUCUACUUGUGCCAAACCCAGGGUCUCAAGGACCAUGCCUUUUGCCAGAAGCAAUCAUGAGUACAAAGCCAGGAAAAGCCCCUUUCAAGGGUCUGAUUUGUGAUCAAUUUGCUGGGAGCCAAGACUGGUGCCACCUGCCCUACCCAGCACUGAUCUCUCAAGGUCACUUCCAGGUCACAUUGUCAUCAGGAGCUGUGUAAAUACCUUUGGGAAUAAGCUGAUAUGUUUAUAUUAUAAAAUUAAACUGAUGCUCCUGGCCUUGA